AUGAAAAUUUCACUCAAUAAUACUUCCUAAUACCUUCAACUUGAUAUACCAGAGCUUUCUACCGGAAUGCACACAUCAACAAACAAGAUGACUCAAGGAACUUUUUUCAGCAAAAGAAACUCAAGAGUAACCAAUAAUGCUAGUAGCCUCUCAAGAAAAAAUGUGACCUCUCAAUAGACAGCUUUGAAUACCCCAAGCUAAAUCUCUUAAUCCUAGAAAAAAUCAUAUCUCAAGAACCAUAAUAAGGACUCUGCAGAUUCAAAUUCCUUUUCAACAAACCAACUACCUGUUAUCUAAAACAAAAAAACAAGCACCUUUAAACUAUUCAAAAAUGAAUCAAAAUUGUCGUAUAAUCCAGAAAUAAACGGGAUCAAUAAUAAAGAUGGUAAAUUAUUCCAUAAUAAACACAGAACAACUGAGUGUUAACUUACCGGGUUACAAAGGAACGAAUUGCAAUCGUUUUCUCGAAUUAUUAGCAGGAUGAGUCAUAGUCCACCUGAGCCUAAAGAACCCUAAUGCUUAGAGUAGAUUACUAUUCGAACUUUGGAUUAAAUUACUUUGAGCAAAGAAGUCUACGCCUAUAGCUAUUUUGAAAAGUAAUAUACUUAAUUAGGGACUUCCACCUUUGACAAGUUGAAAUUUGUUCCAUUCAAUAAAAGCAACGUUAAGCUACCGAAUUUUCUCUCAUUGCACAGCAUAAAGGAUGAUCACAGAGGAAGAAUGAUCGAUUGGAUGAUACAGGUCUUUCGUGUCCUUAAAGUUAAUAAUGCUCAGACAUUCUUUCUAGCUGCUUCUCUGAUGGAUAGGUACUUUGAGUCACAGCAGUAACUUGGGAGAGUACUUGACAAAGGAGAUUUACAUCUGAUAGGACUUGUCACUAUUCUAAUAAGUUCAAAAUAUGAGGAUAUAUACCCAAUCAGAAUGCAAUAAAUCCUUAAAGAUGCUGGACAUAACAAAUUUCAACAAUCAGAAAUUCUUGAUUAGGAGAGAGAUUUAUUGCAAUCACUUCAGUUUAAGGUCUAAUCUAAUAAUAUAUAUGAAGAAUCCUCAUUAAUCCUUAAGAGGCUAAUCUUCGAUAGUAAGAAAUCACCAUUAAAUAAGGCUGAUCAUGAAAAUCUCAUGAACUAUUUGUUAUUUGUUUGCCAGAUAGUUCUCCAUAGUAUGGAUUUUAUGCUUGAAAAACAGGAGGUUCUCUGCCCUGCCAUUGUAUAUGUCACAGUUAAAUAUCUAAAACGUCUCUAUUAAAAUACGAUAACUCAUUAACUAGAAACCAAACAUAGAAUGACAAUCUAAGAGAUUAAAUAAACCAGUUAAUUCGUUUAGGUAAAAUGCCUAUUAAAAUGCUUAAAGACUUAGUAUAUCCAUCAUUAAGACUUUGAGUUUAAUAUAAAACAGGUCCACUAACGCAUUAUUGAUUAUUUCUCAAAGUUUAAGGUUAAAAACUAUAAGAAUUUAGAAAAGAAUUUUGGCCAAUACCUAACCGAUGAAUCAAUUAGUAUUUUCAACAAAGUAAACAAGAAUUGA